AUGUUAAAUAUUCGAACAAUGAUUAAUUUAGUUAUUUGUUUCACAAAUAUUGAUUUCUGCAUUGAUUAUCUUAAAUCAGUAAAGAAUGAAAAGAUUUUUCUUGUAAUAUCAAGUGAUAAUGCAUUUAAAAUUCUUUCAAAUAUUAUUGAUCUUAUUCAAUUAGAUUCAAUAUUUAUUUUUUCACAGAAUCGAUAUGAAUUUAAUUGUUUACAUAAUAAUUAUAAUAAAAUUGUGAAUAUUUUUGAUAAUUCCAAUGAAUUUUUUACAUCUAUUGAAAGUCAUGUUGAAAAUGUAGAUAGUCCAAUUGAAGUUUUAUCUUUUUAUGAUCAACAUCAACGAAGUGCUCGAAAUUUAUCUGAACAAUCAGCUGAAUUUCUUUGGUUUCAAUUAUUUCAAGAUGUUAUUAAACAUUUAUCUAAUGAUGAUCAAGCAAAACAAGAAAUGUUAAUUGCUUGUCGUCAAUAUUAUAAAAAUAAUCAUCGAAUACUUAAAAAUAUUGAUGAAUUUGAACAAAAUUAUCACAAAGAUGAAUGUAUUCAAUGGUACACACGUAAUACAUUUAUCUAUAAAUUAAUUAAUAAAGCUUUAAGAACAGAAGAUAUUGAACAACUUUAUAUAUUUCGUUAUUAUAUUUCUGAUUUAUCAAAACAACUUGCUCAAGAAUAUGAAAAACUCAAAAGAGGAAAAGAAAAAAAAUUCUAUUUAUAUCGUGGUACGACAAUUAAUAAAACUGAAGCACAAAAUUUAGUGAAAAAUAUAAAUAAACUCAUUGCAACUAAUGCUUAUUGGUCUACUAGUCGUAAUCGUUCAUAUGCACUUACAUUUGCUAAUACACCCAGAAAUCAGCCAGAUUUAAUGGCAUUAUUAUUUGAAAUUGAAUGUAAUUUAAAUGAUUGUAAUGAUUCAGUUAUCUUUGCUGAUAUAGCAUAUUUAAGUAAUUUUGAAAAGGAAGAAGAAGUUUUAUUUGAUGUUGGUUCAAUUUUUUAUAUUGAAAAUGUUAGAGAAGAAGAAGAAGGUGAUACUAAAUUAUUUGUUAUUAAAUUAAGACCAACUGGAGAAGGACGAGAAUUAGCAAACAAAUAUAUAGAACAAAAUCGAGAACAAAUGGAAGAGGAAGGUUCAAGAAUAAUGCUUAGUACUCUAUUAAAAAGAAUGGGGAAAUUUGAAAAAUCAUUACAAUUUCUUCAAUAUCUUCUAAAACAUCCUGGUGAAGAAAAUAUUGCUUAUAUUCAUAAUCGUAUUGGUAUUGCUCUUAAAGACAUACAUGAAUAUGAUAAUGCAUUGAUACAUUUUAGAGAAGCAUUUAAAUUAACAUUUUUUACUAAUCCAUCAGAUAAAAAAUAUUCAGCUUUUGUACUUCAUAAUCAAGGUUUAGUUUAUUUCAAACAAGGAAAAUAUAAACAAGCAUUGGGUUUUUAUCGACGAGCAGUACGUAUUUUAAUGCAGGAAACUGGUAGUGAAGGACCUGGUAUUGCACAAUUUUACAAUAGUAUCGGACGAGUUUAUUUAUAUAUAGGAGAUUUUACAAAAGCUCUUGAAUAUCAAUUAAAAGCAUUAAGAAUACGAGAAUAUUUAAUGCCUGAUCAUGUCAUGAAUGCCUUUAGUUACGCUGAUAUUGCUGAUAUUUAUUCACAUCAAAAGAACUAUGAUAAAGCUCUUGAAUAUCAUCGUCGAGCAUUAGAACUUAGACAAAAACUAUUACCAUCUGAUCAUCAUAAUACGGCUUGGAGUCUUCAUCAAGUUGGUAAAACAUAUGAUAAAAAAGGUGACGUAGAAACUGCUCGCAAUUAUUAUCUUAAAUCACUUGAAAUGACAAGAAAAUGUCUACCAACUUCCCAAAAUCAUUACGUUCCUAAUAUUCUCAUGGAUAUUGCAUCGACCUAUGACAAACAAUCUAAAGAAGCAAUCGAAUAUCUAUUAUAA